UUAAUGUUGGUAGCCAACCACAACAACACCACAGAAGAAAAAGUGUUUAUUCUGGGCUUUCGCAGAUUUGUUAGGCUAGCUUUGUAAAAAUGGUUACUCCCUUAUUUAGGCGUGUUCCCGUCAUUUUUGGUUAAAAGUAACAGGCUUUGGGGGGCUUUAAUGUCAGGUGCAGCUAAUUUAAAGACCUUUAGUAAAGCGGGAACCAGCUGGCACUUUAGCCGGACGAUGGACGAGCUGGUCCAUGACCUGGUGUCGGCGCUGGAGGAGAGCUCGGAGCAGGCGGCGCGGGGGGGUUUUGGGGAUGGGGGGGACCACGCGCUGGCUGUGGGCUGCCUGCUGAAGAGACAGGCCCGGAAACGCCGUGGGAGGAAGAGACGCUCUGACAAUCCCCACCCGCCCUGGGAGACUGGCCACCUCAGUGAGGGCUCCGAGUCCAGCCUGGACGAACACAAGGACUACCGUGCCACCACAGGCAGCGUUGCCAGCAGUAACAGCCACCCCCGUGACAACAGCGACUCUGACGAGCAGCUAGGGCCCAAGCGACGUACCCCUCUGAACCCUGACACAGGACGUGGCAAGCGCCCCCUCUGGCAGGAGGACCUUGGAGGAGUGGGGAGCGCGGAGGGGUGCCGCAGUUUGAGACGCCGCCGCAAGGUCAAACGCAUGGCCGUCGAUCCCCCUCUGGAGGCAGUGACCUCCAAUAGCACCACCCCCAUGCUAGGUCCCCCGCCUGUCCCCAAGCCCCACGGAGGGUGCAGGAUCCCUGGGGUGAGUGCAGCUGAGGGCAGGGCAGGGAUGGAGCUCACUGGUGGCGAAGUUGGCGGGAAGUGCAGGGUGAAGAAGAGGAAACUGGCAGCCCACAGGCUCGGGUUGGAGGCGACUGAUGAGGGCGUAUUGGUGGAGCGUGGGGACGCCAUUAUGCGGCAGGCGGGGCCCAAGGACAAGAUGGAGUUUGAGGAGCAGAAGGGCUCGGACGAGGACAUGAGUGACAGGUGUGAGACCAGCAGUGUGAGCAACAGUAGUGAUGGUGGACUGUACACCAAUGAUGAGGGGAGGCAAGGUGAUGAUGAGCAGAGUGACUGGUUCUAUGAGGGGGAGCCAGGGGGGGCGUGUGGUGUUGCGGGGGUGAUUCCCUGGUGGGAGAGGGAGGCAGGGGAGGAACUGGACCUGGCUGACCCGGUCUUCAACAGCAUCCUCACCGGAUCCUUCCCCAUCAUGAGCCCCGGAGCACAGAGAGGGUUCCAGGCCAGGCUGAGCCGGCUUCAUGGGGGGCCCCAGGGCCAGGCUUCUCAAGGCAGCCCAGGACAAACCUUCAACGAGCGACUGGGACGACACCACCAGGACCCCCACUCACACGACCCAUGGUUUAGUCCGGGAUCUAGAAGAGAACAUGGACAGAUGCACUGGGACUCACGGUCAGACAGAGGCCAUCGGAGGAGCUGCUCAGUAAAGACGGCCAGCAGGCAGACGAGUGGUCACCUGGGGUCUCUGUGUACGGGGGAUGUCAAGAGGAGACGCAAAGCAGCACCCCUUGGCUUACCUCCGCCCACAGGGUUGGUAGGUGAGAGUGCGGGGCCCAUCCCAGAGACCAACAUGGGAAACCGGAUGCUGCAGAGUAUGGGCUGGAGCCCCGGCAUGGGCCUGGGUCCGGAGGGCAGGGGCAUCACCGAGCCCGUUCGGGCCACACAGAGACCCAAGGGAGCGGGUCUGGGUUUUAACUGAGCCUCAGGCUUUAGGCCCCAACUGAACAGGCCAGUAGGCCUCGAUGGAGAUGGACCCUACCGAGAGCAGGGAGGACUGUGGUCAACUCUCUCUGGGAAAGAAACUCUGGAGCAGCAGAGCUGGAUGAAGGAACGGAUGAAAGUCGGCAAGAACAGUUUUAACUAAUAGGAAGACCGAAAGGAUAAUUUGAGGUGGGAACCCCAACGCUCCAUGCACUUCCACUCUUAACCAGGGCCGGAACUCAUAAGGGAAGUUUUGACCCCGGUUAGGGGAAGUGCAUGGAGCGUUUGGAUUCCCACCUCAGAUUUGUAGUUGGGAUGUCCAAUGUUUCUACCAGGGAAAAGGGAAGGAAUGGAAAAAAAGACCCAGGCGUUGUUGUUGAGUUUGAUUGUAUGAGACUAGCCAGGUUGUGUAGUUGGACUGUGUACUGCACAGCACACUAAAAGGCUCAGUUUCACAAUAAUAUAAUUUCUCUUCAAUCAAUGGUUGUUCUGAUAUUGCACAGUAUGACAAAAAAUAUAUUUUAGGUGAAUAUCACUGUACGCAUCAAAAUAAUGUGUGUGGUGGAAGUUUCUAUUUGAUUUUAAAUAUGUUUUGCGACACAACAUUGGUGUUAUUCCAGGGUAAUUAUAAUGGAAUAGCAUUAUUCCCGUGGCUUAGUACAAAAAGGUGAUGGCUGAAGUGUUAGCAAAGUACUGCAUUUAGGUUAAGGUAAUUACAAUUAUACUACUUGUAGUUUCUCUGGUAUAACGCUAAUGUAAUGUAACUGGCAAAUGUUUUUUAAAUUGGUCUAUAUGGUUCCUUUUGGGAUAUUGGGCAGUUAUAUUUGAUUGUAGAUGACGGUUAUUGGUAAAAAAAAAUAUAUAUAUAUAUAUAUAUAUAUAUAUAUAUAUUUUAAGAUGCCAAUUCUCUCCUCUGCUCCUGACUGCAUGUGCUCCCAUAGAAACAGAAUGAAUCGGACGGGCAUCCUCAUUCAAGUCAAUGGUGGCAUAAUGGGUUGACUGGCUAGCAUUGCAAGUGUACCCAUAGGAGCAACGUAGGAAGUGUACCCAUAGGAGCAACGUAGGAAGUGUACCCAUAGGAGCAACGUAGGAAGUGUACCCAUCAAUUUGUGGUGCGAUUUGUUUUGAUUCAACUCAACCGAUUACAAAGAAAUACAUUCCAUUAGCCACAUCAGUUAACAUAAAUUCAUUAAAUGUUCUACAUCACCAUUGAAAUGAUUGAAUACAAUACCAGUCAAAUUGCCAGGGUUAGAGGUUCCCAAACUCGGCUCAACCCCCCCCCCCCCCCAAACCCCCGGGUGCACAUUUAGGUUUUGCCCAUUUAGGUUUUGCCCUAGCACUACACAGCUGUUUCAAACAAACAACUCAUCAUUAUGCUUUUUUUUAUUUUCUUUUACGGUUAUGACAUUUAUUUUGUUUUCAUGAUGGUGUUCAUCCAUAACCGGCGGUUAUAUGGUAAUUGUGCCGGCGUAAAGAUGGUAUUCCUGAGGGACGUGGGAAUAAUUCAGGAAAUGAAUCUUGAAAUAAAAUCAUUGUAUGUAUGGUAUUGAAGUAGAAUGUUCAACCCUGAACACUCCAGAAUAGUGUUUAUUUGAUUAAAAAGGCAGUGCAGUUAACUUGAUUUCCUGUUUUUUGUUUUAUGACAUUGAAUUAACACUUGGAAAUUGUGAAAAUGAUCAUAUUGCCCGUUUUGUGUAAGAGCUGUUUGAAAAAUAAUUCCAGGAAUUUCAGCCUGUUCAAGUGGUGUGGAGUUAUUGGACAAGAUCAUGACAUUACAAUCUGAUCUGAUUAUUCUGACCAAUGACCAGUCAUCUUUUAUUUGCGUGCCUAUCCUACUUUGAAGGGAUUAACGGAGUAGGCUCUGGCCAAGACGAUCCUAUCCGCCAAUCAGGGCUGUUGGGCGAUCAGACUGAGCAUUUCAAUGGCAAAAGGAGGCGUAGUUAUUUUGCAUUAAAUAAAUACACAGUGUUUUAUUAGACAUACAGUGAUAAUUUAAACGUAACAUUAAAAAGACUGCAUGGGGGCUUUAAAAAGAAGCCAAGCAAAAUUCUGUUUCCCAGUCAUGCUGUACUUGCUAUGUAUGUGUAGCAACCAUCUCAUGGCAAUGUCUUUACAAUAACAGUCUACUAACAUGUUUUAUAAAGUGAAAAAAAUGAUAUUGGUUACACUUUACAGUCUUCUAUUUACCUGGUAAAUAACAACUGAAAUAGGUUUGUAAAAAAAAAGUGUUACCGUUGCCAAUGUAAUGUUCAUUAAACUUGAGGGCCUGAGUGAAACGA